UCCAACCCGACACUCCACUCCUCUCUGCCUCCACUUCACCCCAAAAACCUCCUGUGACAUUUCAACAAACACCUUCCCUGCAAAACAAUCCCGGAAAAAAAUGAGAUCACUCAGCGCAUCCGAAGGCAGCAGCAUGACCACUCCACCGUCCGCAAUGUUGCCGCAGCCGGCGAUCCGCUCCCCCUGGCACUCCCCGGUGCCGUACCUGUUCGGAGGCCUGGCGGCGAUGCUGGCCCUGAUCGCCUUCGCCUUGCUCAUCCUGGCCUGCUCUUACUGGAGGCUUUCCACCCGCCGCCGUCGGCGGCAGGGCGGGGACGUCGAGAGCGGGGACGAGAAAGAAGGGAAGCCCGUCGAGAAGAAGGUUUUUGAAGAGAAGUUUCUGGUGAUCAUGGCGGGAGACAACCAGCCCACGUUCCUGGCUACCCCUGCUUCGAACAGAGUCAGUGUUUGUGGAUGCGGUGACGCCAUAGCCGUGGGUAAAGAUGGAGGGGAGAUGGGUAGUGAGGGGAAAGUGAAACAGGGUUUGUACGAACACGGAGAACCAACGACGGCAGCGGAAGGGGAAGAAGAAGAGGAGGAGGAGGAAGAAAACGGUAGCCGGGAAACGAUGCAAAAUUGAUUUAGUAAGAUAUAAGAGGCAGAGAGGAUCGGUGUGAUUUGCAGAGACUCCUCGUCCCACCUGGGAAUUUCCUUUCCCACCAAUUUUGUUUCUUGUUCUCAUUUCUGGGUUUUGGUUUUGGAGAUUACUGUGGGUUUGAUCCACUAUGUCCCUCCGGCGGCCGGAAAAUGUACAAUUUUGAGUGUUAACUGAUGAAUGACACGAAAUCGUCUUGUUCAUUUCUCCUUUUGUCAUUUGCUUUCUGGGUUCGAUGUGGUUUUAUCCAAUCAAAGGAGAGCUGGAAAUGAUGAACCCCAUUCCAUGAACCGGACGCGCUUUAGUAGGCAAGCUUCUGCAAACAGGAAGUGAAAGAAAGGAAGGAAGAAAGGAAUCGAAGCUUUUGAGCAGAAAUGCAAUUGUUAAUAUGUUGUAAGCGAGGGGGAAGAAUAAAGGUAAGAAGUGGUAAUGGCGUGAGUGAAGAGACAAGAUGCUCUGUUCCGUUUCCCCUCCUCCGCCCUGACCCCUCAUGUACAUUCCUCCUUUCUUUAUUUGCGCCACCGCGGUCAGUGAUAUUCCACCGGCGACGGUACUUGCAGCCGGCCGGCAGCAAGUGCGGUGAGGGGCCGGGAGGGCAUUUAUAAGUGGUAAGGUGGGGGGACACGAGAAAGUGGAAGAAGAUGAGGUCACGGGCACAUCAAGUUUGACAGUAAAAAAAAAAAAAAAAAAAAAAAAAAAGUCUUCAACUUCUUUCCCAUCGAGAUAUGAUAGUACUAAUGUCUAAGGCCAUUAGGGCUUAAUAUCUUCUGUCACAAUUGUCAUGUUAUUGUAAAACCGUAAUGAAGGUAUUACUAGAGAAAUCAACGAUGAUGUAUUUUAUGUUGAAAUCGCGGUUCAAUCAUUUCUUAUCGCAUCAAUCAAUUUAUCGAUUUAGACUUUCGUUUGUACCUUCAAGCUCAGGACAUGAACAAUAAUUGGUAGUUGUGUGGUCUUGGACUCGCGAUUUGCUCGUUUGAUCUCAUCCACACAGCGGCAGAUCCAGGGGGGCGCCCCCUGGUCACGGCUCAGCCCUCCUCUGGAUAUCGAGCUAGUAUAGCACUUGUAAUUUCCGAUUUUUGGUAUUCGUUUAAGUGUUUUUCACGUUAGGGCCCAGCCCUCUCCGCUUUUUUUUCAAAUGUGGACCAGUGCUCUACCCUGUCUUGGAUCCGCUACUGCAUCUGCAUGAAAGAAACUUGAAGGCACACGAGAAUUUAGAGAGAUAACCAAAAGUGUGGAGACGUUGAGCCCCUUUAUUCGAAGACUUGAAAACCCUUAUAUAGUUGUAGCACGUGUCAAUCGUCAAACUUUUUCGAUUUUGACGGUAGAUUCGAUUUGGUCAUUAGGCUACUUGAGUCGUGCUUCUCGAUUAAACGUGACUGACUCGAUUACGCGUCACUUCUCGGUUAGAUGUCACUUUUAACACCACAUAUACAAUACAAUACAACUUUACAAAGAAGGUUGUGUACAUGUACAUUCAAAUAUCUGAUGAUUACCUCAUCAAUAUCAUUAACAUGUUAGAAUGUUCUCAUCUCCAAGGAUGUCACUUCCCCUUUGGCUUCCUUUGGGAUGCUGGGAAGAUAGUGGGGGACAGGUGGUGGGCUCCGAUUGGCCGGGUGGGGAGAGUGAGUGGGAAACGGACGUGGAACGCAACGGGGAGUAGUGGUGGGCGCCGCAGGAGGAAGCUAUGCGCGCGGCGACGCGAAGCUGCGUCUUGAAACUGUGAUCCUGCUUAGGGAUGGCAAUGGGUCAGGUUGGGUCGGGUUUUGCCAAAUCCAAACCCAAAACCAUGGGUUUGUCCAUGAAAAAAAUCCGGGGUAAAACUCACUGGGUUUGAAAAACUCAAACCCAACCCAACCCGCUGGGUAUCCGCGGGUUCAUGGGUACCCACGGGUUUUUGUCGUAAAAAAUUUACAAUAACAUGUUCCUAUCAAAAUUAAAGUCAAAUAUCAAUCUCUCAAUACAAAUUAUCCACAUUU